AUGCAGUUAGGUAGAUAUUCAGUUUCAACAUUAAAACCACCGCCUAUCCAUUCAAUAUCGUUCUCGGAAGAUGGCAGAUUCUUCUCUGUAGCAGGAGAGGAAGGAUAUGAGGUUUGGAAAUCGUGGCCAUUGGCUUUACUUCGUCGGAGAGUACUACCAGGAACAUUGUCUACAGCGCUACUAUUACCGCAAUCACCUCUAUUAAUCCUACAAGGAGGCGGUAAUUCACCUUUAUAUUCACCUAACAAGGCUAUUAUAUUUCAUGAUAAAUUAGGAAUAGCAAUUGCAGAAGUUGAAUUUAGUGAACGAAUACGAGGUGUAUCAGCAAGGAACGGAUAUGUAAUCAUAGCUUUAUCGAGAAAAGUAGUCGCUUUCGAAUAUGGUAUAGGGAAGAACGACAUUUCCCAUAUCUCACUCACUGAACAACAAAUGAAAGGGAAAGGUAAAGGGAAAAGGAAAAUCAUAGAUGAACCUAAACAAGAAGAGGAAGUGAAAUGUGGGUUUUGGUUAAACAAGCUGGGUGAAUGGGAAACUUGUCAAAAUGAUUUAGGUCUAAUGGCAUUAUCUACAUCUCCUGGAUCGACACUUCUCGCUUUACCAGGUAGACAAGCUGGACAUGUUCAAUUAAUCUCAUUACCGCCUUGUCGUCAAGCGUCUUCUUCCAAUUCUGCGACGCCUUCAUCUACAUCAGGUACAACAGGAACAUCAUUCAGAUCACCCAUCAUCCUAGCUCAUACACAUCCAUUAUCAACACUCUCGACAACAUCGAACGGAUCUCAUAUAAUGACGACAUCUGAACGAGGUACACUGAUAAGGAUAUGGGAUACAUCAAGAGGUAGACUAGAAAGGGAAUUAAGGAGAGGUGUGGAUAAAGCGGAAAUGUGGGGUGGGAAAUUCGAAUACGAUGGGAAAGGUAGGGUCGUCGCUUGGAGUGAUAAAGGUACCAUCCAUGUUUGGAAAGAUGAGGAUAAUACUAGAGUGGAAGGAUCUAGAUCCUCAACACCAACACCUUCCACGCCGUCUCUGGCUCAUCUUCUAUCACGAAACUUACCUUUACCCAAAUACUUCUCAUCGUCACCGUCAAUAGCUCAAUAUCAUCUGCCACGUAAAAACCCACACGCGAUAAGUUCAGCUUUGGGUAAAGCAGGAGUCAACGUACCCUCUAUGAAAACAGAUGAAGAAGGAGAUGAAAGCGAACGAUUCAUAGUUGGAUGGGUCGAUGUACAAGUUCCUAUAUCCGAAGAGGAAAACAAAUCAACCUCAACGACGAAUAGAGAUGAGAUCAGGGUUGGUAAAAGGCACUCGGGAGCACACGAAGGUUCAGGCACUGGUGUGAGUACAGGUAUGGGAGGUAGAGAAGAAAGAAGAUCAUUUGGAAGUGACAAUACCUCAAGAACUGCUACUCCACCUUUGAGAGGAGGGACACCAACUCCAUCAUCCUUUCACAAUAACAAUAAUACAAGAAGAGGAUCAGUAAACAGAAACGUGUCUUCGAAUUUCAUAAACAAAUCAUCUAUCCAAGAUCAACCGAAAUCGAAAUCUUCUUCUUCACAUCUACACGGUCAAGGUUCAACAAGACAAGUAUCCGGGACGACUGCAAUACCCGCCGACUCGAAGAUGAAAGUCGAAAAACAAUUAAUAGCUAUCACUUAUUCAGGCGAUUGGUAUAGACUUCGUAUACCCGAUCAAAAUCCCAAUUCGAAAGACGAGAAUAGUUCAGAAAACGAUGACAGCAAGAAGGGAAGUAAGUGCGAAUUGGUCGAGUAUAGAAGGCUGGGCGUAGGAGGUGGUGGUUGGUGA